GUCCAUUGCACGACUGUGACAUAAGUAUGUGUUUAUGAAUCUCUAUGAAAUAGUGAUGAUACCAGUUGUUAAACAUAUCGACUUGGUGGAAUUGGUGAAUCAAUAGAUUGAGCUUCCAGAGCACUAACAUUGAUUAUGUUAUCGUCUCUUCUUUGAGUUCACGUUUGCCUGAACAUUUGUUUGUUUAUUGCUAAACGUCGCAACAUCCGAGCUACAUGACGUCAUCCUGUAAGAACUUGAGCCUGAACCUGACAACCCAGUGACAUUAUCAGCAUGUCGGGCACGCUGACAUGCAGUCAACCAUGCCACCGAACCCGACGACUCGAGGAAGCCGCCCCCGAAACAAGCAAAGGUUGCUGGUGAUCUAUUCUCGGAAUCAUUCAGGGCUUCCUGUAACAUGCUCCUAGCAUGCUCCAAGAACGAAAGUAGACAAACACUCAAUUGCGGAGGCUCAGUAAGUGGAUUAAGGAGCGGUAUGCAUGACCUCUUUCACAGCUGUUCCCACCAUAUUGAAGCUCUACGCCAGAGGGCGUUACAUUUCUAUUCAAUGUAAUUUCUUUCUUUAUCGCAGCGUGUCUCCAAACACCAGUUACACACAGAUAUAAUGUGACCUGACUACCACGAGGCGACCCAAUAGUCACAGAAAUUGUGUCCUAACUGCUGGAGGUGAAUCUACACAACCAACAGAAAGUGUGUCCCAACUGCUGCAGGCGAAUCCACACACACAACAGACAGCAUGUCCUAGCUGCUGCAGCGAAUCCACACACCCAACGGACAGCAUGUCCUAUUUGCUGCAGGCGAAUCCACACACCCCACAGGCAGUGUGUCCAGACUGCUGUAUAGCGAGUCUAUACAAUCAUGCCGAAGAAAAAGAACCCAAACCAGCAGUGUCCCGAUUGCAACAAGUGGUUUGUGGAUUUGAAUAACCACAAGAAAUGUGAUGGCAGAGGCCAAUCAGUUAGUCCUUGCUCGUCUGAUGACAAACUGCAGUGUUCCGAUUGCAAGAAGUGGUUUGUGGAUUUGAAUAAGCACAAGAAAUGUGAUGGCAGACGCCAAUCAGUUAGUCGUAGCUCGUCCGAUGACAAAGAGCAGUGUCCCAAUUGCAACAAGUGGUUUGUGGAUUUGAAUAAGCACAAGAAAUGUGAUGGCAGACGCCAAUCAGUUAGUCCUUACUCGUCCGAUGACAAACUGCAGUGUCCCGAUUGCAAGAAGUGGUUUGUGGAUUUGAAUAAGCACAAGAAAUGUGAUGGCAGACGCCAAUCAGUUAGUCGUAGCUCGUCCGAUGACAAAGAGCAGUGUCCCGAUUGCAACAAGUGGUUUGUGGAUUUGAAUAACCACAAGAAAUGUGAUGGCAGACGCCAAUCAGUUAGUCCUUGCUCGUCUGAUGACAAACUGCAGUGUCCCGAUUGCAAGAAGUGGUUUGUGGAUUUGAAUAAGCACAAGAAAUGUGAUGGCAGACGCCAAUCAGUUAGUCGUAGCUCGUCCGAUGACAAAGAGCAGUGUCCCGAUUGCAACAAGUGGUUUGUGGAUUUGAAUAACCACAAGAAAUGUGAUGGCAGAGGUCGUUCAGGAAUGUCGUUAGACGAUAAACGAUCUCUGUGUGUCCAUACCAAACCCCUAGGCUUCUGUUCCCCAAAAAGGGUGACAACUAGUUGGCAACACAGAACAAACUCAAACAGGAUGGACAGAGAUGCAGUGUCAACGAUGGAAGACACUGUUAGAAACAUGGUCGAUACUGGAAUACUGGAACAUUCAAGAAAUCCUAGAACUGAAAUUUCAAAGUUUUUUGAGGAUGAAGUGUCACUUAAACAAAAUGAAAUCGAAAAUACGGCAGAAGUUUUUAAUAACUUGCAGAACAAUAUCUGUGACUUUCUCGAGUCAAAGACACAUUGGAAAUGGACAACGUUUCGAGGAGGUUCUUAUUAUGACAAAACUAAGGUGUCCCGGCCUAACGAAAUGGAUUGUUUAUUCAUUCCGAAAGUUGAUUCCGAUCUUCAACCCGUGUACGAGGACUGCCAUCCUGGCUAUUGCAAAGUCAGAGUGGUAAAUGCAUCACCAUCUUUAAACUAUUUAUGCGACAACAGCUUCAUCAACGCUGAGAAAUAUCGGAAUUUCUUCUUUGAACUGAUGGACAAAUAUAUACGCCACAAUUCCAAAUGUAGGGAGAACAAAACACAUGCUGGAUCCCCAUCAUUCGGCAUCACCUACACUGGCACCACUACCUACCACGGCACCCUUGACAUCGAUGUUGACAUCGUUCCAGCCCUCAACAUCCCACACUGGCCACAGCCGUUGAUUGCUCGGGAUCUGAAAAAAACCCUACCCAAGGGCAUAUCCCCUUCAAUCAACGUCACUGACAUCAUGGAAAAAGGUUUCAACAUAACAACAAAGCGCUGCCCUGGUGACCAACCAGACCGUCUGCAGUGGCAGAUGUCCUUCUCCCUCGCUGAGAAGAACCUCACUUUACAUGGUGACACCGAAAGCUGGAAGCCUAUCCUCCGAACAAUCAAAAGAGUAAUGGAGAUUGCCAAAGGACAAAAGGGGCUCAUGGUCACAGGAAAGUCCGAGAUGAUUCAUGAAGUAGCCCAACACACAAGAAAACAUUACUUCAGAGACGACUCGUUCCGGUUAUGUUUCACAACCUACCACAUUAGGACCUUGAUGUGGACGUUGCUGUACGACCUCACCGCCGGGAGCCAUGUGUGGAGGGAGGAUACUCGAGAGAGCAGGUUGCACUUCUCUCUGGGCAAACUCAAGAAAAUGUUGACUGGCGAGAUGAGGGUGCCCCACUUCUUCCUGCCUGCAGUCGGGGACAUGAUGAGUACAGUGCGGUGGAGGGACAGGGAGUUCAUGUACAUCUUGGUCAGGGCCACGGAAAUCCUGUUUUCUAGAAGCACUGACCGAUACUCAUAAAACAGGCCUGACCAGCUGUCCUACAAUUACCAGUUUAUUAGAUAGCGGAUAUUACAAAAUGUGUCUUUUGAUAUCGAAUACAUACCAACACUCGUUGAUAAAAGUGGUGAGAUCUGUU